GAGGUGAAAGGAGAGGGGGGUUGAGGUGAGUGGAGAGGUGAGAGGAGAGGGGGGCUGGAGUGAGGAGAUGGUCUGAGGUGCAUGAAGAGAUGGUGUCAGGUGAGGAUGCGAGUGUCUCAGGUUAAUGGAGAAGAGGGUCUUAGGCGAGGAGGGAGUUUGGUGAGAAGGGAAUCAAGGUUAGGAGGGAACAGGUGACGAGGGUGAAGAGGUGAUCCGGUGAAGAGGAGGCGGGAGAGAAGGGAGAGAAAGUCGUGUGAGGAGGGACUUGGAGACGAGUGAGGCGGAGGGUGAGUUGAGGUGAGGAGGAGCCGGGUAGUAAGACGGUGUAGUGGAGGUAUUCUGGGUGCGCAGAGGGACCGGUCAAAGAGCAGGGAGCCAGCAUGGCCGACCUCCGUCUGGCCGGGAUGGAGGCGGCGGCCGUGUCGGUGCUGAGUCGCGCCGUGGACCUGGACCGUGAGUCCCGCCUGCCGGAGGCGCUCGUGUGCUACCAAGAGGGCAUCCAGCUUCUCAUCGACAUCCUCAAGGCCAUAAAGGAAGAUGCAAAGAAGAGCCACUAUCGCCAAAAGAUUGAAGUCUACAUGGAGAGGGCUGAGAAAAUCAAGCAGCAAGUGAACAUCCAGAAAGAAAGUGGCAAGUAUCACGAGCAGUUGCGAAUCGCUGAUAACGCUACGGGAUUCAGCUACGUGAAGCUGUUUGGACCGUACCUGGACGAGACUGUGAGCGAGGUGUGGGUGGAGGAUCCUUACAUCCGUCACAUCCAUCAGCUUUACAACCUCCUCCGGUUUUGCGAGAUGCUGAUCCAAGGACCGUGUAAAGUGAAAAAGGUCAACCUCCUUACUUCACAAGACGAGACUGGGAGCAAUGGACUACAGGAGGGUGCACUCCUGGAACUGAGGCAGAGUCUUCAAGGCCACAACAUCGCACUCAACAUCUCCUACUCAGACACGCUGCACGACCGGGAAAUCAGGUUUAAUAAUGGCUGGAUAAUCAAGAUUGGACGAGGUCUGGAUUAUUUUAAGAAGCCCGCGGGCCGUUUCAGCAUCGGCUACGCAGACUACGACUUGCGGCCUUGCCACGAGACCACGGUGGACAUCUUUCACAGGAAGCACACCAAGGAGGGCUGAGACCACGCAUCCAAGUUUUCACAAAGACAAUGUCUUAAUGAAAACAAAUACGGUGUACAGAAACAUUCAAAACUGUUCAUAAAGGCGGAACAUACGCCGAGAUUGCACAAAGGACCGGAGUCUGACAAGGAGACACGCUUGAGUGUGACGACGAUUUACAGUGGCUGAUGACAUAUUGUGCAACAUGUUUUGUUAAAUACGCCUGUUAUGUGUAUACUAUGUAUAGUAAUAUUUUAUAAGCUUGGGAUUUUGAUAUGGCACUUGAAAGUUUAAAUUUAUAUUGUUCCAGUUUCUUUUCUGGGUUCCAUGGGAGAUUUUAAGGCACAUUACAAAUGUUAAUAUUAAAAUAAAGAUUACAACACUG